AGGGUAUGAGCUCACUGAGAAGGGGAGGGGUGGGAGAAAACAUAGAUAUGGUGUCUUGUAUAUGGAGUGAUCUGCUACCUUUUGCAGCUAUGGUAAUGGUACAGUUCGCAGACAUAGGUGCAGCAACUAUUAGCAAAGCAGCCAUGUCGAAAGGAGUGAGCAGUUAUGUUUUAGUUGUUUACUCUAAUGCGCUUGGUACCAUCUUUCUCCUUCCUUGUUUCAUAUUCCAAAAGAAGGUUUCUCUGACUCUUUCAGUCCUUGGUGGACAAUUCCUUCUUGGCUUAAUUGGGGGUUCAAGCUUGUUGUUGGCAUAUAAUGGCGUCAACUACAGCUCACCAACACUUGCUUCAGCUAUGGCAAAUCUUAUACCAAUCUUUACUUUCAUACUAGCGGUCAUUUUCAGGAUGGAAAAGCUAGAUUUGAAGAGGCCAAGCUGCCAAGCCAAAGUGUUGGGGUCUAUAGUAUCAGUAUCUGGAGCAUUUGUAGUGAUACUAUACAAAGGAUCAGUGAUCUUUACACCAUUUAACUCUCCUGAACAGAACUUCAUGAUGAUCUUACAGCAGUCAAAAUGGGUCUUGGGAGGCCUUAUGCUGGUAAUGGUGUGCCUUCUGAACACAAUAUGGGGCCUUCUUCAGACUUCAUUUGUUAGGGACUGUCCAUCAAUGGUUACCGUACUCUUCUUCUACAACUUCUUUGUCACAAUCCACUGCACAAUAUUCUCUUUAAUUAUUGAAAGAACUCGGAAUGCUUGGAUUAUAAAGCCUGACAUUGAGAUGGUCUCCAUUGUAUUCUCAGCUGUUUUUGGGAGUCUGUUCCAUGUUGGUGUUCAAACCUGGUGCUUGCACCAAAAGGGACCUAUCUUUGUAGCCAUGUUUAGGCCAUUGGGAGUUGCCAUUGCGGCAGUCAUGGUAGUGAUCUUCCUUGGCGAUGCACUUCACCUUGGCAGUGUCAUUGGAUCUAUCAUUAUUGCAGUUGGCUUUUAUGCUGUGAUGUGGGCACAUAUUAAAGAAAAGAGCACUACUCUUAUGAAGAAUGAAGUCCAAAGCUUGGCACCAUCAUCCACCCAAAAGACUCCUCUUUUGCAAUGCAGAACAUCAGGAGAAGAUGUAUAACAGCAAAGAACUGAACAUUUCAUUCAUGUAUUAAUACAUAUCAAAGUUAUCGAUUCUUCCUUUCUAAUGGA